CGGCCUCUCUUAGUUGGCGACGGUGUCUCUCGCGAGGAGGAUUCGCCGCCGUACCGGAGAUCCAACAAUAUACUCGGCUAAGCCCGAGAUUGGUCGGCCAAGAUAUUCUCACGUCCUCACGAAAAACGCGACGAUGGCAAGCUCCUCAGAGGGAGACACCGUCAAGCCGACGAACACGAACAAAUCAACGACGACUGGAAUCAACAUUCUCGCAUCCACGGAGGGUGCGAGAAAACGACGACGAUUAGAAUCUCUGACAACGAACUCGGAGAUCCCUGAGAAAACGCAGCGACGCGACGAGUCGUGCAAUUCCUAUGCUGAAGCAACCAAUGAAAGAAGGGCUGAGCAUACGGAAGAUAAAAAGGACUCAUCACUGCCACGUCUGAGAAAGAAAGAGCAGGCUGUGCCAAUAAAUCCGCAAGAUGUUAGAAUGUCACGGUCUUGCGAAGCAGGUGUGGGAAGAAGUGAUGCGACCAGAUUAAGAAAAACGAUACAAUGGCUCGAGGAAGGUGCGCGAAAGCUACGCGAGGACCUGGCAAACGUGCGAACGGAGUUACAUGAAGAGCGAAGGGCGGCAAAAAUUGCCAAGAGGGAGUUCGAAACUGCCCUUAGAGAAACCAGAUUUGCCGAGGCUGCCAAGUACCAACCGAUCAUAGCCGACCUAAAAACCAGGAUCGUCCAAUCUGUGUCGCCAUCGCCGUCGCCGUCGCCGCCAUUCAAAUCGGAUCCCGUGAAAGACGAGAGUCACAAGCAUGAAUUGUCAACCCUCAGAAAACGCUUAAUUGAAGCUGGGGGCACAAUACGAAAACUCGAACAAUUGGUGAAAUCGCAAGCGAACAUUGCUCGCAAUACCAAUGGUACUUCUUCCUACGGUGAUGCGCGCCGUCUGGAAGCGGAAAUACGAAAUCUACGCGCAGAAAACGAGAAACUCGAAGAAAAAUUGCGUAUCGCUCUAAAUGCCGAGAAAACUCGCAUCGCUGAGAUACGAGCUCAACGGGAGAGUCACGAGGCUGAACUUUCCGCCCUGCGAAAAUCACUUCGCAGCGAAGCUAUAAAAAUGAUGGAUGAGCUGCGUGGCAAGAGCCGAGAGAUUGAGAAGCUGUCGAAGCUCUUGAAACGUCGAAAGUUGGCGCCGGCGGAGCAGGAGAGGACGAUGCGGAAGUUACGGGAGAACGAGGGGAACCGGCCGAUACAGGCCGCAUCUCGCACAGAGAAGAAGAUUCUCAAAGACGAUGGUCACAUAGUGAGGUCAUAUGUGCGCGCAAUAGAAUCCGACAGAGCCAUAAAUGAAAUCGAGGUCGAGCGCCUCCGUGAACUCGCGCUUGAGCAGCAGGAAGUCAUCGAAAUACUUAGACAGGCAGUUAAGGAGAGAGAGAGAAAGUUGGAGCAGUUAUCCAACAAAAAGAGGAAGGAGGAAUUCUAUAAACAGUGGCUGGAAUUAGAGCCGGUGGCCGAAGUGGACGACGAGGAGGAUCAUGAAGAUGAUGACAGCGCUCUGUCGAGCGCCCCGUCUUCGAUGUCGCCGCAGCCUGGAGGCUAUGGUCAGUGGCAGGGCAAUGGCGUCACUAGAGAAGCAUAUGAAGCCGUUCUCGUCGAGAUCGAGGAGCUACAGUCGAAGCUUCUUAAAGAGCAACGCGAACUGUCGCACGCCAGGGCUCACAUUUGCGACUUGGAAAAAGCACUCUUGCAAGAGAAAUGUACCGAUCGGGACAAAGAGUUGAAUGAGCUGAACGAUAAGCUACGAGCUGCUGAAGAACGAGAAGCUACACUUUUGGUGGAGCUCUCGGAGAUACGGGAGCAAAACGAGCUGCUGGAAUUUCGAUUGCUUGAAAUGGAAGAGAUACCCGUGCGCAAGGAUAGUCCCAAUGCGGUGGACAGCGGCAUCGUCUCACCGGAACCCGCUCAUACGAACAAGGAUCACUCAAUCAACAAACAGAGAAGCCGCGCCGUGGCGACCGUGAUACCCUACACGAAUAAUGCUACAAUAAACUCUGUGAUAUCCACGUCACCCGUGCUACCGCGAAAGCCCCCGCUCACCCUUCAGGAGAGCGGUAUAUUCGAGGAGGAGGAAGAGGAAGAAGGAGAGAAGGAGUACGAGGAUGAGGAUGAGCGCGACGUCGAGUUCGCUAGCCGCGGUACUCAGACGGAAGCGCCGUCCGGCGAACUUCUGCAGGAGGUGCAGCGUCUCCAAGAAUUAAGGGCGCGAAUUCAAGAACGAGCGGCCAAGAUCACAACACCGGUCUUCCAACCAAUUGACUCGUCCAAGAUCUGUCUCGAUGUGUCGACAAUGGAUCCGAUAGUCCAGCUGACCUCCUACCAGGAGCGCGUUCGUGACCUCGAGGAGAGACUCGAAAUGUAUGAGGAAGGCGAAAAGAGUCGAGAACAAGAGAAACGGCUGUCGAAGCAGCGAGAGGAGGAGCUGUUGGAUGAGAACUAUAGACUUACAGAGAGAGUAUACUGGUUGGAAAACGAACUGCGGACCGUGGCAAAAGGUACUUUCGACGAGCAUGAUGGCGAAGAUAGAGGCGAGACAACUGCAAAUGAACAGCAAAUGAAUGACGUGAGCCAAACUAAGCACCAAGUUCCAGAAGAUAUGCAGAAGAAUUCGGAAGAUGUGCAAGAUCAAUGUGAAGAUGCAAAUUGCACGCGUGCUGUUCAAACCAUAGAAACGUAUGGAGAUUACGUGGCUAUAAAUUGUCCUCGAUGCCAAGAUAAAGAUAACUCCGACCAGCAGAUCAUCCAGGAUGCUCAACGCAAUAUCACGCUUGUAUCCCUGGAGGAGAAGGAGAAGGAAGACGAAUUGAAACUCUGUAAAUCGGAAAAACCGGCCGUUAUUGACCUUACCAAAAACGACUCAGAAAAGAAGGUUAGCCGCAGACGAAUUAGGAGUAACGAGCGCGAAGUACGGCCCGCGAAAACAGCAAGAAUGACAAACCGAUUCGUCCGCGACAUCUCUUUCGGGCGGCGGAACCAUCCAUUGGUCUUGUAUCAGGAAAUUUGCGUUUAGCUUUACGCCGUCGCUAUGUCGAAUCCUUAACAACGAACUCUAGUAAGAUGGGCGUGGCUUAAAGAUCCGAUAACAUCGUCUAGUAAACUUUCGCUGUAAUUCCCCGUUUUCACACCGUGAAGAAAGUUGUGGCUCGCGUUAUAAUUGAAAGCUGUGGUGUCUCUGCCCAAGUUGACGUGUAGUUUUCGAGAAGCUGAGAAUCUCCCUCGCGGAUAGGAGGGUCGCGCGGAACAAAGCGUGUGUUCUUCGGAGCGACGGCUUCCAGAAAAUAGCGACGAACUGAAGAAGACCGAGGUCGUGGAGAAAAUAUGCGGAUGAGGAGGUGAGGAGGAGAAGGAGAAGGAAAGCUAACCGACUGCAUAUCUACCUUACGUCUUUGAGCGUGAUCUAUUUUCGCUGGAGAUAAAGGCGAGAAGAGGUUCUCCGUCGUCUCUCGUCGUCGCAGACUCUGUCCAUCAACCCACAAGUUCCACGGAAGAAUCAAUGAACCCGUGGGUGACCCGCGGCAUAAACGAGGACAAUACGGCUGGCGCUGCUUGGUGUGCCCAAGUGACGAUCAGAAAUGGUACGUCCUAGAAAUAAAACGAGGGCGCCUGCGGAUCGAGUGCCAACCUGAACCCUCGGUUUCACGUACUUCACCUCCCCACGUCACGACCAAUCUUUUCGUACAAGCUGUGAAAUCAAGUGCCAAAUAAGCCGUAGAUUAAAAAUAUCUCCUUCACACGCGAGCGUAAAUUAUAUGAAGAUAAAUUAUUGCAAAAUAACUGUAACAGUGCUUUGUAAUAAUUGCUACAACGUUGCAAUAAUUAUUACAAAAUAAUUUCAUACGUAUGAUUCAAAACAUCUGCGAUUGAUACAUUUUUAAGAGAUGGAGAUACGCCCAGAGAGAAUCAGAUUAAGGACGAUUGCGCUAAACGGACGUGUCCUUGUAAAUCAAAUGUAUCUCUGAAUUCCUAGUAUCGUCUUAUCGAAAUUUAAAUCUACGUUUCGAUGUACAUUUAAAUUUGAUAGGACCAAGGAAAAAUUGCGCGUGAGCGUAAAACUAAUUUGAGAUGACACACGUCGCGCGUGUGCGUGGCAAAUUACCGCGCGCGAUUCGUAAUACAAUGCAUUCAAUGAUCCACAAAGGCAUGUCUGUGCGGUGCCAUUUACGCUGAGAACAAAGAUUCUAUAGUAUCUAUAUCAACGACUAUUGGAGAUACUGUUAUAUUUCCGUCAUUAUACACUGCGUGAAGAAUCGUUUGAGAGAGAGAGAGUAAUUGUAGGAAAAUAAUAUAUAUACGUAUCAUAGGGAAUAUAUGAAUUCCUAAACGGAUCGAUUCACUUCACUCCGAUAUCUUCUUUUGGUUUUUCUCUUUAAACUUUUGCACGUCGAUUUUGCGCGAUAUAAGGUACAUAAUAGGAUUAUAUAUUGAAUUAAUCCGAAAUAAUUGCUACCUUUACAGAGUAGAAUAUAAUUUCAUGAAUCUUAUCGAAACUAAACUUAUAUAGGCUUGCGUGUGUCUCUAUAUCUGAAAAAUAUAUACGUGUAUGCGCGUACGUAUGCUUCAGCAUUUAAUGUUUAAUUGAUAUAUAGUAUUAGAAUAUAAACAAUGUGUUUCUAGUCCUACAUUUCGUUCGAUCAUUGAACACAGCGUGCCUUAGCAUGCACGUUGACAUUGAGUGAUUUGGUAGAUUUAGUAUCUUUUGCAAGAAGAAGUGUGUACAGGUAUAUCCAAACGCUUGUCAUAUUUAUGUUGUAUAAAUUUUCGAAGCAAUUCAAUCAAGCCUCUGUUCGACAGCUUUGGCUGUUUGCCUCGCUCAUAGAUUCGUUUCAUAUGUAGAAUUGAUUUUGUUCGUCGCGUGUGUAUCGACGAGAAACGAAUAAAAUUGUCCACCUGGUCA